CUUUAUAUCUCAAGCAGCACUACAUAUUUAGAAGUUAUAUGAAGUAAUAGUACAUUGGUAGAAAUUGCACCACUAAAGAGGCAACGAAAUUCACUGGACUUUAUCAGGAACACUUAAGGAGGAAAUGGCUUCAGUAUCAGAGGAGGACUUCACCUGUCCUGUGUGCUGUGACAUCUACAAGGAUCCUGUGCUUUUGUUAUGCACUCACAGUGUGUGUAAGGCUUGUCUACAGCAGUUCUGGAAAACUAAAGGAUCCAGAGAAUGUCCAGUCUGCAGGAGGAAAUCAUCAAUGGACAACCCACCCCUUAACCUUGCUUUGAGAAAUGUGUGUGAGGCGUUUCUGAAAGGGAAAAGUCAGAUAACUUCAGCAGGGUCGGAGGUGCUCUGCAGUCUGCACAGUGAGAAACUCAAGCUCUUCUGUCAUGAUGAUAAACGGCCUGUAUGUGUGGUGUGCCAAACCUCAAAACUACACAGAGGCCACAAUGUCUGCCCUAUUGAUGAAGCUGCAACAGACAUGAAGGAACUCAAGAUCAAACUGGAGCCCCUGACAAAGAAACUGGAGAUAUUUGAGAAAGUGAAACUCACAUCUGACAAAAUAGCAACUCACAUUAUGAUUCAGGUCCAGCUGACAGAGAAACAGAUCAAGCAGGAGUUUGAGAAGCUUCACCAGUUUCUACGAGAUGAAGAGGCAGCCAGGAUAGCUGCACUGAGGGAGGAAGAGGAGCAGAAGAGUCGGAUGAUGAAGGAGAAGAUUGAGAAGAUGAGCAGAGAGAUCUCAUCUCUUUCAGACACAAUCAGAGCCAUAGAGGAGGAGAUGAAAGCUGAUGAUGUCACAUUCCUGCAGAACUACAACAGAACAGUGGAAAGAGCCCAGUGCACACUGCAGGAUCCAGAGAGGCUUUCAGGAGCUCUGAUCAAUGUGGCAAAGCACCUGGGCAACCUGAAGUUCAGAGUCUGGGAGAAGAUGCAGGAGAUUGUUCAAUACACUCCUGUCACUCUGGAUCCCAACACUGCACACUCAGGACUCAUUCUGUCUGAGGACCUGACCAGUGUGAGACGUGGUGAUGAGAGACAGCAGCUUCCUGAUAAUCCAGAGAGAUUUGAUGUGAAUUUCCGUGUGCUGGGGUCUGAGGGCUUUAACUCAGGGACACACUGCUGGGAUGUGGAGGUUGGGGAGAGUAAGGAUUGGGUCCUGGGUGUGAUAACAGAGUCUCUCCAGAGGAAGGGAGACAUUAGCCGUAUGAGUGGCAGGUGGGGAGUGGGGUGUAGUUAUGGUAAUUAUGCAGCAGUGGCUCAUGUGGGUCAUUUCCUCACAGUGCAGCAGAGACCCCAGAGGAUCAGAGUGCUGCUGGACUGGGACAGAGGAAAACUGACAUUCACUGACCCUGAUAAUAACAAACACCUACACACCUUCACACACACGUUCACUGAGAGAGUGUUUCCAUACUUUAUUGUUGGAGAGUUUCCGCUGAGGAUUCUGCCAGUGAAGGUGUCAGUAGCAACAGAGAAGCUGAGCUAGAUAUGACAUCACAUCCUGUGGUCAGGGUUGUAAUUCCCAAUAAUAUGAAGCUUUGUUAAUAAUCAAU